UAUAGACAAUCUGUUUACUUUAUUGACAAAUUGCCCUUAAAGCCUGGGCCAGAUGGAACCACUGUGUUUGUGCUUACACCACGACAAGAACAGCUGUGUGGUCAUAAGGUUGCAAACCCAGGCUAUGAGUGUGAUAGAUCAUAUCCAAUAUGGCCAGUAAGAAAAUCUGCACUACAAUAUGUAGCUACCAGUACAAUAGAAAGUCUGAGUUUACCAAAAUCAGUUCACCGAGAGUACGUACCAGAGCGUGUAGUCACGACACAGGUAUCAAAAGCCGCACAAAAAGCUGAGCCGAGUGCACGCAUAGAACAACUGGCGCAAGAAAAGGUUUACCAUCCAUUAAAGAUCAAAGAAAGCUGGGAGUUCGACUCAUACAAGUGGGAUCCAGAAAUAUCUACAGCUGCAAAGAAAGCUCAGGCCAGUCCUUGGGUAGAACGUCUAGCUGAGUCACGCCAGACCCACCCUUCGUACCAGUAUGCACGCACUGUCCAAUGGCCUGUGGAAGACCCAGCCCUCAAGGCCAUCGCAACACUACGCAUACAACAGUUAGCACGUCCAAAAAGUCGUGGAAAACUAGACAAUUUUGAUCCAUACAGAGUGUCUCCUGCUGCACGAAAUGCCCGUGCAACGCCACGUAUAGCAGAACUUUGCUUGCCAGUUCCACGGAAGGUUCGGCAGAAGAAAUUUUAGAUGAACUUGCUUAAAAAAUAAAGCGCAAUAUUUUAACCACCAAAUUUAUUUUAUACUUUUUGUUUAAGUUACGAGAUACCAAAAAAGUUUUCACUUAGCUCUGAUGACUCAAGGAAAAAAUCAAUAAACAAUAUAUUCAUUAUAAUUGUAAAUUCAUAUUAUUGUGGUAUUUAUUUGUUUAUUAAUGCACAGUAGGCCUAGUAGUAGUACCUAUUAAUGCUAUAGUUAAACGAGUUACAGUAAAUAUUAUAUUAUUUUAGCCCUUUUUAUAAAAUUAUUUUGCAUUAACCUUUAUCAUAUAAAAUAUACAAAUAUUAUUUGUAUCGUUUUUUGCACAUUCCUUCCAGGGUGGCACAGUGGUUAAUAUAAGGUUUGAACUCUCAACCUUAAGGUUGGGAGUUUUCGAACACCUCACAGUGCAUUUCGCUUGUGUCCUUGGGCAAAGCACUUUACUUGCACUUGUUUCUCCAUCCAGUAGUAUAAAUGGUUGCCUGGUAGGAUGUUGUGACAUUUAGUUGUGCACAAUCAGGACAAUACCGGUACUUCACUGGGAGCGGAGAAGGCUGCAGUUUGUGUUGGUUUGUCCAUUGGCAAAAAGCACAGUAUAAUUUCAUUAUUACUUUCCAUUUUGUAGGAUUUGGGAAUUUAAAUAUAUCAUUAUGUAAAUGCAAAUGCCAAAGAAAAAGUAAAUUGACAGAUUAUUCAAUAGUAAACAAUGCUUUCAUCACAUUUUUAUCAUGUUUACAUCUGCACUGUAGGCCUCCUUGCCAGAAAUAUGAUUUUUAGAAACUGUUAUAUAGAUUGCGCCAGAAAAAAUAUUUACAUUAACUGUUAAUACCAAAGAAUUACAAAUAUGUAUGCAUACAUAUUCCAACAAAAGUAUUGCUUUAGCCGUAUAAGCAUUUAAUUUUGCGCAAAUAUCAUGUUUACUGCCGCUUCAUAGACCAUGUGUAACUUUUGUAUAUUUGCUUAAAUACAGUAUGCUGAGGUCACAGUCAGACACACCCAUCUAGUUGUGCAGAAAGGUCGAAAACUUAAUUUUUUUAAGAGAUUAUUUUUUGUUAUUUAUAUGCCAUAAAUAUUUUGUCGUCAAUAACAGUUCCUACAUAUCAUCAUGUAUCUGGCUUAAGUAGGCCUACAUGUAAGAAUCGUGCCAUUCUGAUAGGAUACACUGCAACGUGUUAGCAUACCAAAUAGCCACAUAGCAUGUUCUAGUAAAAUUCUAGAGUACAUUCAUGAUAAAUUUUAUUAAUCGUUCAAAAACAUCUAUUCAAAUUGUAGUAGGUCUGUAUACUGUUUGUUUGAAUUUUGUUUUUAUUUGUAUAGUACAGUAUAUACGUACCUUUCAAUGCAUGCGACAAUGUUUCCAGUAAAUACUAUAUAUGAUAUAUGUACACUAAUUUUCUUAUAGUGCAUAAAAAAAUUAUUCUUAAUAAUACACCAUACCUCUAUGCUUUAUGCACGAUGAUCAUGAGAUGAAUAUUGGUGCUAACUACUAUUGAAUAGAAAUAAGUCCACAGUUCUAAAAUUCAACAGCUUUAAAAUAAUGGCACAAAUUAUAAAUAUAAGUGACACUUAUAAUUCAUUUAUGUGGGAGUGGUUGCCACAGUGUUUGCACUUAUCUGUUCACAUUCUUAUUUAUUAUUAUUAUGAUUAUUUAUGAUUAUUAUUAUUAUCACUAACUGCAACAUUGAAUUCUCCAUCAGGUAAUGUGUUUGUGUUUUUUUUAUCCAAUGACCAGGGUACGUGUGUGAAGCAGACAACGCACUGUGCUUUUUAUUUUCAGUUAACAGUUUAUUAUCUUUGAUUUUACCCUACCAUAAUGCUACAUACCAAAAUUGCAGCUGGGUCCCCUGAUUUAAGUGUCCUGCAAAGUUAACUUAAGGGUGUCUUCCCACACCUAUUACUUUUUGAUAGUUUUACGUCUUCCCACCUAGCAGUGCUUAUGCUAUUUAUACUUACGGUUUGUUCAGGUCAACAAAGUUUUUUUUAUUUCUGAUUUUAUUCCAGUUUUACAUUUCAAAACAGUUACAAACAUCACUGUUGUGUGUAUGAAUGUGUUUUCAAAAAUCACCUAUGCAUGUUAGAACAUUAUUUCACUCUUGAAAAUACAGUAUUUAAACUUACUUUUGUUUUAUAUUAAUCAGUGGAGUGUGAAGUGACUGAUUAAUAAAUAUGCAAAAUGCAACUU